AUGAAAGAACCUCAACUCCCCAUAACCGACGACCUCCCCUCCACCCUCCCAAAUCCCCAACCCCUCCGCUUCCUCGUCAUCGGCGCCGGCUCCCGCGGUAACGCCUACGCCCGCGCCGUCACAACCAGCACGCCCGCGCUCAUCCACGCCGUCGCCGAACCACACGCCUUCAAACGGGCCGAUUUGGGCCGCAGGUAUAUCUGGGGCGAGAAGGGCCGGCCCGCCGACGGCCAGGAGUUUAGCGAUUGGAGGGAGUGGUUGGACUGGGAGAAGAGACGGCGCGGUCGGGCGCAGCAGCAGCAGCAGCAGCAGCAGCAUCCGUCUCACGCGGGUGGGGAAGGGGUGGACGGGGUGUUCGUGUGCACGCUCGACGAAACACACGUCGAGAUCGUGACGGCGCUGGCGCCAUUGGGUCUGCACAUCCUCUGCGAGAAGCCGCUUGCCCUGUCGCUGGGUGAUUGCCUGGCCGUCUACAAGGCCUUGUCGCGUCCUGUUGCCGGUGCCGGUGCCGGUGCCGGUGCCAGCGCCUCCGGCAAGGGGAGUAAGAUCUUCUCCGUCGGCCACGUCCUCCGCUACAGCCCGCACAACGUCCUCCUGCGCAAGCUCCUCCUCGCCGACCGCGUCAUCGGCGAGGUCGUCUCCCUCGAGCACACCGAGCCCGUGGGCUGGUGGCAUUUCGCGCACAGCUACGUCCGCGGGAACUGGCGGCGCGCGACCCCGCACGGCGACGGCUCCCUGCUCACGAAAUCAUGCCACGAUCUCGACUUUAUCCUGUGGCUGCUAGCCUCGCCGCCCCCGGACCCCACCUCGCAGGGACAGACGCAGACGCACCACCCUCGCAGCAUCACCUCCACCGGCACACUGAGCCAAUUCCGCCGCGCCCGCAAACCCGCCGCCGCGGGCGCCGCCACAAACUGCCUGUCCUGCCCCGCGGAGCGAGCAUGCAUCUACAGCGCCGUGCGUAUCUACCGCGACCUGCACCUUGCGCGCGGCGACACCGGCUGGCCCGUGAAGAUCGUCGUGCCGGACAUCGAGGACGCGCUGUCGCUGGGCUCGUCUCCCGGGAGCGAGGCCGCAGCGGAGGCGCGCCUCCUCGCCCGCCUCCGCGAGGAUUACUCCCGCGCCGAGAUGAGCGACGAGGAGAUCGCGCGGCGGCCGUGGUACGGCCGGUGUGUCUACGAGGCGGACAAUACCGUCUGCGACGACCAGGUCGUCACCAUUACCUGGGAUGACGAGGACGGUGGAACCGACGGAACCCCAGGAGGCAGGCGCAUCGCCAAAACGGCCGUCUUCCACAUGAUCGCUCCGACGGAGAAGCAGUGCGAGCGCCGCGGCAGGGUCUACGGGACGCGCGGCGAGAUCGCCUACGACAGCCGUACCAUCUCCGUCUAUGAUUUCUCGACCCGCUCGACGACCACCAUCGAGGUGCCGAAGCAGCCGCCGGAGGAGGAGGAGGCGCACGGCGGAGGAGACUACGGGCUGGCGCGCAGCUUCGUGCGUGCCGUGGGUGCCGUCGAGCAGGAGGGGUGGGAUGUGCGGCGCGCACAAACUCAUUUCGUCGGCUGUACCCUGGAAGAAGCUGUUCGCAGCCAUGCCGUGGUCUUUGCGGCCGAAGAGGCCAGGCGGGAGGAAAAGGUCGUGCGAUGGAAGGAGUGGUGGGCAGAAAAGCUUGCCGCGGCUGGCAUGGCGCCAUGA